CAGACUCUUUGGAAAAGAGCACUGAGCAUGAGGACGAAUACAUGAUUUCGGAUAACGAUCCCCUGACAAGUAAAUACAUUUCUGUUCCAAAGGAACUAUCGCAAUUGAACUGCAACGCGUUCCUUGCGGGUAUUGUCGAAGCAAUUUUAGAUGGAGCUCAAUUUCCAUCUCGAGUGACUGCACAUUUGGUACCGCAAGAAGGAUUUCCAUUACGUACCACUAUAUUGAUUCAAUUGAACAAGGAAGUCUUGCAAAGAGAAGAACAACUCAAAUAA